GUAUAUAUGUUGACAUAUAUAGAUUGAAUAAUAUAGAAUCACAAUUGAAUGAAACAUUAUGCGCAAGGCCAUGUAGUGCCAUGCAGUACUGUGCGAUACAUUAAUCCAGUUUCACGUGACUAAUCUUAUAAUCUGGAAGCUUCGUGAUCAUUCAAUGUCAAUGAUUCGUUGAAUUCGUCAUCAUCUAAAAAUAUCGAGCCAGGAUACUCUCUAGCAGAAGUUAAGUUGCAGGAAAGUCACCAUAUAAAAGUGGAGGCCAAGAAGAACAUUUUUCCACUCAUUCAGUGCUCCUCUUUUUAAAGUCAAGAUCAAAAUCCACAAUGGACAAAGUUACGAAUGACUUAGAAAUUCCACCCAGGCGGGAUUGGAAUGACUUCUUCUUGGAUUCGGCACGGUUCCAAAUCCCUAAUCUAAAGGAUCUUAACAAAUGGAACAACCGAGUUGUUCAGAAUCUUAUAUAUUAUCAAACUAACUAUUUCUAUAUAUUAUUUGGAACUUUUUUUAUCACAGGAUUGCUUCAUCCCGUCAAAAUGUUAGUUGGUACAGUGACAAUGAUUGUAAUUAUAGUUAUUUUUGCAUAUGUAUCGACCGAAGGAAGAGCAGUACACAACUUUAAAAAGCAAUACCCUGCUGCAGGACUGAUUUUUAUACUCCUUGGAUCCUGUUUUGUGAUGUAUACUUUGGGAUCACUUUUGGUUUUUCUUUUUGGCAUCUUAAUGUCACUUGCAGUGAUAUUUCUACAUGCGUCUUUGAGAUUGCGCCAUAUAAAGAAUAAAUUAGUCAAUAAGAUCGAGGGUAGUGGAUUGAGGCGUACACCAAUGGGAGUCCUUUUGGAAGAGCUUGGUAUGGGACAAGAAUACUUUGGUUAAAUUCAUAUAGUCAUUUCUUAAUGGUAAAUAAUCCCUGUAGAACAGAAACGAAUUUAUGAUAUGCUAAUUUUUACCUCGAAGUUCUCUCUCUAAAAAAAAAAAAAAAAAAAAAAGGAACUGUUCAAUCUAUAAUAUUGUUAAUAUGCCUUGUGUGAUAAUAGUCAAUAUGCUAAAAUUGUUAAUUUGCAUCAUUUUACCUUUUGGCAAUCAAUAGGAAUGGUGUACAUAUUCUUCAGCAUGUUGAAAAUAAAUAUGUUUUGCAGUA